AUGGCAACUAAAACACAAAAGAAAGUUAUAAAAAAGCAAAACAAAAAAAAGAAAAAAGAUCCAUUAGCUCCAAAGAGAGCAUUAUCUGCUUAUAUGUUUUAUGUCAAAGACAAAAGAUUAGAAAUAAUUCAAGAAAGGCCAGAGCUAGCUAAAGAAGUUGCACAAGUUGGAAAACUAAUUGGAGAAGCUUGGGGACAGUUAACUCCAGCUCAAAAAGCUCCAUAUGAAAAAAAAGCAGAAUUAGAUAAAGUUCGUUAUUCAAAAGAAAUAGAAGAAUAUAGAAAAACCAAGGAAUAA